AUGGCACUUAAACGGGCCAUCAAUUUGGCUUCCUUCAUCACACCCACUGUCAUACACUUUGGCGAGAAGGAUAUCUACUUGAGCUAUGCCAUUCAACGCCACUUGCGGAAACAAUUCGACUUCCUGCGUCGAGGCGAGCCCACACUGUCCCGAAAAUACUUCCAGAACUUCCUAGAGACCGAACAAGGAGAGAGGGCGCCUGUCUUGACCGACGAAACAUACAAAUUUGAGAAGUUUCUUGAGGUGUGGUGGACGCAGUUUGGCGUACUCACGGCAGAGAAACCCGCUCCAAAGGGAGACAAGGACCUUUCCAAACCGAUCAGCAACUACUUCAUUAGCAGCAGCCACAAUACAUACCUGUCCGGGAACCAAUUGUCGGGCAGGAGUACAGCAGACGCCUAUCGACGUGUUCUUCGCCAGGGAUGCAGAUGUGUUGAGAUAGACGUGUGGGAUGGUGAUUCUCCAAGCUCGACUCUAGAGAAAUCUCGGUCAGGAUCGAGAAGGGGUGGCCCAAGACUCGAUCAUACUCGCCACAUCUCUGGAGGAAGUCUGCACAGCGCUGCGGCCCAUGUCAAGACCACCGUCGAGGAUAAGAUUGAGCAUACAAGACAGAGGUUGGGCGUCGAGAAGAUCCACAGCCAUAGUCCCAGGUGUAGCAAAUCCGAGUUGGCAGUGCCUCCGUUUGGUCGAGAGAGCGGGGGCACCCUCGAUCCUGCCGCCGCCACAGAGAGAUCAGACUCGGAUCGACUAUCCAUUCGAUCUAGGCCAUCAUUACCAAGGGACGAGCCUAUUGUCAUGCACGGAUGGACCUUUACCGCUCCGGUGGGGUUCCGUGAAGUCUGCAAGGCAAUUCGCGAGGUUGCUUUCGAGACUACCAGCUUGCCUAUCAUAGUCAGUCUGGAAGUUCAUGCUGAUCAGGAUCAACAAGAGAUAAUGGUUCAGAUCAUGAAAGAAGAAUGGGCAGGUCUAAUGGUUGAAAAGCCUCAUGAGACAUGUCCGAAUGGGCGGAUGCCAAGGUUGGAGGAGUUACUCAACAAGAUACUGGUCAAAGUCAAGAAGGCAUCGCCAAGCUUGGAGAGCUCAGGGACUAUGGCUUCAUUGUCACCAAAUUUGACCUUCGACGAUGACGCAGCGUCUGGCUCCGAGGAUGACAGGCCGACUCUGGCGAGCGGCAAGAAGCCAAAAGUACCUAUCUGUGAAAACCUCAGCAACCUUGCCAUCCACACGCACAGCGAAACGUUCCAGAACUUCGAACUACCGGCUGCGAAGACACCGUCACAUAUAUUCUCGAUUAGUGAAUCGAGAAUCUUGGAGCUCGCCGCUACAAAGCACGAUGAACUAUUUUCACAUAACCGCCACUUCUUCAUGCGAGCUUAUCCCAAAGGUAGUCGUUGGGACUCAUCCAACCUUGACCCUUCGCAGUUCUGGCGGAAAGGGGUGCAGAUGGUUGCGAUGAAUUGGCAGUCAUGGGAUGAAGGCAUGAUGCUCAACAAAGCCAUGUUUUCAGGCGAGGACGGCUGGGUCCUGAAACCGCCGGGCUAUCGUAGCGACGAUGCCCCGAAUUCUCUGGUGAAUAGACUACCUCACCGCACAUUUGAUCUCAUCAUUGAGAUCCUCGCGGGCCAGCACAUCCCGUUGCCUGAGGGCCUUCGCAGCGCCAAGGGGAGGUCAUUCCGACCACUGGUGAAGUGCGAGUUGCACGUUGAGAGAGCAGACGAGCGGUCUGGGCUUUCGGUUGAAGGUGGCGGAAAGCUGCGGGAAGUUGAAUACAAGCAGAAGACUGGAGCUGGCAUGACAGACCAUCCAGAGUUCGCCCCCGGCAGCCGAGAAAUUCAAUUUACGGGCAUCAAGAAUGUGGUGGAGCAGCUCAGCUUCGUCAGGUAA